AUGAGAGUUGAUCGGCGUGUAAGCAUCUGCACUCCUCUGCUAAAGAAAACCCCAAAGUCGGAGCAAGAUGGGAAUGAGGUCCGCGUCAUCGGCGGUAAGGUCAGCUACGUAGUGGAAGAUGAAUGGAUGCACGACGGCGCAGAUUCAGUGAGGAAUGCCUCAAUAGUUAAAGAAUUGCCUGAUGAUUACUUCUGGAACACGCGGGAGUAUUAUGCUGCAGCCAUUCGAGCCACUAUAAUUAAGGCUGCACCUGUCCAUGAUUCGGCCAAUUGGCAUCUUGACAAUGUUUUGCCGGUGCUUCAAAGACGAGUAUCCACUGGGAAGGACUACCUACAAUCAAUGCUGGCUUUGGAUGGAUCAAACAAUUAGUACAUGAGAGUCUGUUUGAUCUUAUUUGAGCGAACUGAAAAGAUGCACCAGGUUUUUUAGUCUUAAGCUCUCAUAUCCAUGUUCCCCUUUUAUAACCACAUAAUUCCCCAAUCUCUUUUUGAGAAACCGAUGGAGCUCCGAAGCCCACUGUUUGCUUAUGUGAAGGGGUUCUGCAUUUUUUAGUUUUAAGUCUCUGAGUGCAAUGCAUUUGUGUGAUUUAUGAGUUCAAGGGAGCAGACAAUCAUAAGAACCAUAACUCUGUUGAAUCCACUAUUAAAUCUCGAGAAUUCUUUGUUGGUGAUCGGUUUAGUCUUUUUGAUAAUUUAUACUUUAUAUUUGAUGCCUCUCUUUUUAUGCUACCCUUUGCUGUUAAAUCCCUCUACUCUGUAAACCAGGGAGGCUAUCAGAAAGACCUAUACAAGCUCUUUAUUCCUAUUUCAUAGUCCUCUGAAAUUGAAGAGGUGAGGCGUCGACGUGGAAACUCAUCACUACCAGAACUAGAACAGUGCGUCGAUCCACUAGCCUAGCCUGUACGUGAUGAUUGCGCUUUUGUCAAUUGUGGUGUGCUUUUCUUAGCCACCUGCCAAUGCCAUGUAAAGCUCACAGCGAUUAUUGUUCUAAGACAUUUUUUUUGGUCAUUUGAUUAUUGUUAUCAACACAUCGGCUCUCAGUACAUCACCAAUUUACAGUCCAAGCAAUUGCAGAGUACCACUCUUUGUCAUGGUGUGUAAAUAAUGGAUCGGUACUAUGCUUAGGUAGUUUUUGUUAUUGAAUUCACUACUUAGGUUAAAUAAUUCUAAUGUCUUUCGUACGUCGGCG